GUAUACAUAUAAUAUUUACGAGACUUCGUAUUUUCCUUGUUAUUUCUUAAAACGCAAAGAAAUACCUUUCAUCUGAAUUAAAUCUUAACCCGUCAACAUCCAUGUUUUACCUGAUAGGUCAAGCCUAAACCUUCUUCACCUUUACCCCUUACGUACCCCGCUAAUCCAAGCUUGAGCUGUGGCACCGAUAACCCUGAUAGCUGACCAAAAAAAAGACGUUCCCACAAAAAAAUUGCAAUUUUUGUCAACCCUCUCAAACCAAGUCUAAUCUAUCAUCUACACCAGAAGUUAGAGUACGUCACCACUUGAGCACCUAUCAACGUUCGCGAUCAUGUCUAAGGGUCGUGUCUGUCUCGCCUAUUCUGGAGGUCUUGAUACCUCUACUAUCCUUAAGUACCUUAUCAACGACGGCUACACGGUCGUGUGCUUCCUUGCCAAUGUCGGACAGGAAGAGGACUGGGCGGAGGUAGAGAAGAAGGCCCUCGCCUUGGGAGCUGAGAAGAUGGUCAUCCGAGACCUCCAGGCCCAGUUUGUUAACGAAUUGGUGUUCCGGGCCGUUCAAUGUAACGCCAUCUAUGAGGAUAGAUAUCUUCUCGGAACCAGCUUGGCCCGCCCUGUCAUCGCUCGCGAACAAGUUCGUGUCGCACAGGAGUAUAAGUGUGAUAUACUCAGUCACGGUUGUACCGGAAAGGGUAAUGACCAAGUCAGAUUUGAGCUUGCUUGGCAAGCACUGGCGCCUUCCAUCAAGAUCAUCGCACCCUGGAGAAUCGAGGAGUUUAUUAGCAAGUUCAAGGGUCGAGCAGACCUGCUUGAAUAUGCUAGAAUCAACAACAUCCCCGUCUCAUCAACACCCAAGGCUCCGUGGAGUAUGGAUGAGAACCUUGUCCACUGCAGUUACGAGGCUGGAAUUCUCGAGGAUCCUGACCACGAGCCGCCGAAGCAUCUCUGGAAGAUGACCAUCGACCCUCUCGAUGCCCCCGACAAGCCCUACCACUUCAGCAUCCAGUUCGCUAAGGGUAUCCCUAUUAAAGUCACCACCGAGGACAAGAAAGAGGCCACCGAAGCUGUGGAGUUGUUCAAGCUUCUCAACCGUAUCGGACAUGAUAACGGUGUAGGCAGAAUCGAUAUUGUCGAGAAUCGAUUCAUCGGCCUGAAGAGCAGAGGUUGCUACGAUACCCCCGGCUUAACAAUCCUUCGCCUUGCACAUAUCGACCUCGAGGGAUUGGUACUCGACAGCAAAGUCCGAGAAAUCCGUGACCAAUUCUGCACUCUCUCUUGGAGCCGACAGCUCUACAACGGCAUGUAUUUCUCACCGGAGAGAGAGUUCGUUGAGAACUCCAUCCUCUUCUCCCAGGAGAAUGUGAACGGUGUUGUCCGUAUGAUGGUGUACAAGGGUAACGCCUACGUGCUUGGCCGCAGCAGCGAGACGAGCAACCUGUACAGUGAGGAGGACGCGUCGAUGGACUCACUUGACACAUUCUCACCGAUGGACACUACUGGAUUCAUCGCUAUCCAGGCAAUCCGCCUCAAGAAGUAUGGCGAGAGCAAGAUCGCUCAGGGCAAACCCCUUACCGAGUUGUAAGGCGCACACAUUCUUAUCUGUGCACUUAAUGCUUUUACCAGAACGUCUUGAUUACCAAAUAGUCAGGAUGAGUUGCAUGUUACACUCUUCAGUGCCUAUCUGCGUGCCAAGGUUUCAGAAACUUUGGCAGAUACCAAAAAUGGGGACAUAGAUAGAUAAAAAAAUGAAGUGAUGAUUUUCCGCAUUCUGUAUUCGUGCCUCGAAUGGUGAAAUGCUUGCAUAUACAUUAUAAAUAGGUAGCUUAACGUACUAGGUAGGUGGACAAAAUGAACA